CUCUCCCUUUUGGCAAUUUAGACUCACCUGGGGCACAGUCAGAACUUAAGUCAGGUGGUGUCUGCAGGCUGAAGAUUAUAUUGACCAAGUGAAAAUAUGGAUUCUUCCGCCACUAAACAACUUGGAAAGGAGGUAAUAGAAGCCUUAAGAAAAGGAAAUCCAGCCGAAGCCUUCGAAAAAGUCAAGAAAUAUUUGAGUGAUGUGGAAAAUACCCCCCUGAACGUCGCAAUUACUGGGGAAUCGGGGUCAGGAAAGUCCACAUUUAUCAACGCCAUCCGUGGUCUUGGCGAUGAAGAACCGGAAUCUGCUCAGACCGAUGUGGUGGAGACCACUAUGGAGCCAACUCCUUACCCCCAUCCUAGGAAUAAGAGCGUAACCUAUUGGGAUCUACCAGGAAUAGGAACUCCUAAUUUUAAAGCCAGUGAAUAUCUGGAUAAAGUUCAGUUUCAACGGUAUGACUUUUUUAUUAUAAUUGCCUCUGAAAGAUUCAAGGAGAAUCACAGUAUGCUGGCUGAGGAGAUCCAAAACAUGAAGAAGAAGUUCUACUUUGUGAGAUCAAAAAUUGACCGGGACUUGCGUGAAAGCCAAGAACGUAGAGCUAAAACUUACAACGAAAAAGAGUUAUUAGAGAAGAUCAGGCAGGAUUGUGUGAAUUCUCUCAAAAAGGAUAUAAAGGAUAUUACAGAUGAUUCUGUCUUCCUCAUAUCCUCUUUCAAGCCUGUGCUAUUUGAUUUCUCUCGUUUGCUGAAAACGUUUGAGGAGGAGCUUCCGAGCCACAAGCGUUAUGUUUAUUUACGAGCCCUGCCUAACAUUUCCUCUGAGGCAAUACAAAUGAAGCUGCAGGCUCUCAUGAGUAUAGUUCCUUUGGUUGCUUUGCAAGCCAUUGCAGCGUCCAUUAUCCCAGGUUUAUCGGAUGUCAAUGAGAUGUUAUCCUUGACUCACCGUAUUGGUCAAUAUGUAGAAAGUUUUGGUCUUGAUCAGAAAUCUUUGAAUGAUUUGGAGGAAAGGUCUGGUAGAAAUGAUGUAAAAAGUUUAAUGAAAUCCCCAUUUGUCAAAGAUGAGAUCACUUAUGAUCUUGUCUCAAGAGAGUUGGAGAAAAGGAGGGGUAGCGUUUACAUGGGCGUUAAAACGUUUUUCAGCUGGGUUCCAGUCCUAAGUGCUACUGUGUCUGGUCCCAUGUCUGCUUCUGCAUGCAUUGACCUUCUGUACUCGGUCCUGAAUGAGAUUGCAGAUGAUGCAAAAGUAGCUUUUGAAGCUGCCUUUGGCUGUUCAGAAAAAAAUAAUAAUGUAAUGAUUGCGUAGGCACAUGAUAAAAGGUUUAACCAGUGUUGUCAUUUGGGGGUAUUUAGUUAAAUAAAAUUAUUGUGAUAAUUCUGUAAACUGUC